UAAACCUUCAAGAUGGCGACGGCGGGAAUAUCGGAGAUUUACCGCAAUGUUUUAGGAAGCGAUUUGUCCCAGUGCGUGAGAAAUUCGAAAGUUUUGAUGGUUGGAGCAGGUGGUAUCGGCUGUGAACUUCUAAAAAAUUUGGUUUUAACUGGUUUUAAGGAUAUCGAAGUGGUGAGUGCGUCAACUAUUGAUGUUGUGAAAAAUGACAAUGCACAUGUGUGAAUGCAUUGACAACUUUAAUUAAAAUGAAACGCUUGAAAACAUGCAUUUCGGCAUGCUUAGCUGUAUGCUCUUAUACAGCUGUCUGAUAGCAUACCGGCAAGAAUUGCAACUAGAUCGGUUUGCUAUUGCUGGAAACGUCUUUCCCACUGAUUAUCAAAAUUUUUGACAUUACAUUUACUUUUGUACUCUAACGUAAGUGUUGGUUUCUCUGUGUUGUAAUUAUUAUUUUUUCGCACUUGUAGGAAUUGACUUUUUUCAAACAUUACAGUAAAAACAUUUGCUGAGGCAUCGUCUUGUGUUUUCUUCGAAUUGGCCCCUGCCUGUUCAAUGAGCCUGAACUGAUAAAACACUGAACUUAAAAAGUAAUCAUAUAACUGCUUUCCAUUUCUGAGUUAAUAAUUGAUUUUGCAUUCUGAUCAUCUGGGUGAGAGAAGUCCUGACAAGGACUGCUCUUGGUGACAUUGACUGGCACUUUGACAGCCUGACUGAAAGUUGAAACCUCAGUCACUGCCAAGUGGUAACAGUUCUGUUCAGGGAAACUCUUAGUCAGACAAACAGAGGAGAUGAUCAAUGUUGUGAAAUCUAUAAUAUGAACUGUUUGGCCUCAGGCACAAUUUUAUUGAAAAAAAAAACAAAAAAAUCCUAUGUGAGACCCAAUUGUAGUUGAUAGUGCAAUGCAAGCAGGCAUACAUCUUGACUAGACGUAAAAUGAAAGUUAAAAGGAAGAAAAUGAAAUAGUGUAGUUGUAUAAUUAUAUACACUUGACUGAGUAAGGUCAGGUUGGGCAGAAAAAUAUAUAUAGCUCCAAUUAGUACAUGAUAUGUAAUGCAUGUGUAUUCGAAGAUUACAGAUAAAUCACGUGCUUUUUAUGCUGUACUCAGGUUAUCAGAAGCUAAUGGUAAUUCCAGUCUUCAUUAUUUUAUUUAGAUUGAUCUGGAUACCAUUGAUGUUAGUAACUUGAAUCGCCAGUUCUUGUUUCAAAAGAGACAUGUUGGAAAAUCCAAGGCACAGGUACUGUAGAUACACCUCAAGCUGUUACUGAUUUAGUUUCACAGUGUUAAAGUUUCUAACCCCUUUCUAGUUCUGAUUUAAUGACCUGUUGGUUCACCAACUGAUUUGCAGUACAUAUACUUCAGUCAACUUAGCUAGACUACACACAAAGAUUGUAGGGGAAAAAUCAACAAAAUUAUUUUAUUUGAUACUGUAUCACAUAACAAGAAAACAAGUGGAAUUUACACAAUGAAAUAAAAUGUGAAUGAAUAUUCUUUUGAAAAAUGUACCAAUUACAAAAAAGAAAUACUCAGUAGGACAAACACAGAAAGCUGAACAGUGGGAUUGAAUGAUCAUCAGUGAUCAGCCACACUUAACAUAUUUCAGUGAAUAAAGAGCAAAAGUUUCUAAAGAAAUUGUGGUACUAUGUUGGUGGUGGGUAUUACAAGAUGAUUUGAUUUUGUAAACUGAGUUGAUGACUGAAAUUGGCCGCUGUAAAGAGUUUCUAUAACCGACUUUUCAAAUGUUAACCCUUUGCCAGAGCAUUGGCCAAGUCUCAUGAUCAACUUAGGUAUUAAAACCAAAAUAUCUCAAAAUAGAUUUAUUUUAAUGAGUGCCCUGUAUGUAGAUGAAGUCAAGAAGACAGGAUUUUUUUUCAGCCUGACUAAGAUGGAUAGCAGGAGUUUUAAUAAGCAUGAGACAAAAGUGCUCUUCAAAUUAACACAUAUUUUGUUAUAUUGGUUUUGAAAAUUAAAGAAUGUACAGUAAUGAAAGAAAACAAAAUGUUAAAUCUCACAGGUAUCCCGUGAGAGUGCUCUUCAAUUCAAUCCUGACGCAAAUAUCAAAGCUCAUCAUGAUAACAUUAUGAGGUGAGUCACCAAUACUUGCCCUUUACCUUCAUGCAUUUUUAGUAUUGGUAGGAAUAAGGUAAAAUGUGUUGAUUGAAAUGAAUAUACAUAUACAAGGGGUGUAGCUAACCUAAAACCCAGUAGGCCUGGUCCUAUAAUUUUUUUUCCACCUACUUUACUUCUCAAAUAUGACCCUUGCAAAAAUGUGGCAACAAAAAUUGAACUUUCUUAAGGAACAGGCCUACAGAAAGUCAUAUAGUGUUUUAUUUUCACAAAAUUGAUUUUAUUUUGAGGUCGAUGCUUUUUUCCAGUUAUCAAUAACUAUGUACUGUAUGAUAAAUGACUCAACAUCUAAAACUCCAAAGGAGCCUCUGUUUGGCUUAAAAUUUUACACCUUGAGGAAUGGUGGUUAUUACCCAUAUUUAUAUCCCUUUACUUUUCUCAAAUUCUUUUCUGAAAUAGUUAUAAACAUGUCUGAUUCUUUCUACUUUUUCCCAAAACUUAGCCCUGAUUAUGGUGUAGACUACUUCAAACAAUUUGAUGUGGUGAUGAAUGCUUUAGACAACAGAGGUAGGGUGAUUCAACCUUUUCAUUCAAAGAUCUGAAAGACAAUUCUCUUACAUGUAAAAUUGUUCAAUGCAAAUUUUUUUUUUGUUUACUGCUGAGAAUUUUGAGUUAAAUCAUGGCAAUAUUCUUAAUUGAGGAUUCAGUUAUCAAUAAGUUUUUCAUUGGUUCGUGUGUAGAUUGUAAAAUGCUUUUUGUGACAUGAUAAUGAUAUUUUUGUUUCUGUUUUGCAUGUAGCGGCCAGGAACCACGUGAACAGAAUGUGUCUGGCAGCGGAUGUUCCUUUAGUGGAAAGUGGCACGGCAGGUUAUCUAGGACAGGCUACUGUUAUUAAAAAGGUAUUAAGCUAUUAACAACUGAUUGCAUGAUUUUUCUCAAACAAUUUGAAAUGAAAAACCACGCAUAAACUUUUUAAAAUUCUUCAAACAUAAGAUCAUGUAAUUACCAAUACAACACCAGGUUGAGCUCAUUAAGCUUUACAGUGCAUCUUAAGUGGACCAAGUCUUGUCAAUUUUACAUUUUUUGUUACUCUGCCUGACCUUCCCUGACAUACAUUGUGUCCAAGUGCAGCUAACUUAACUUGUGUUUGUUUGCCAUUCCUCAGGGGGUUACUGAAUGUUAUGAAUGCCAACCAAAACCUACACAGAAGACAUUUCCAGGGUGCACAAUCAGAAAUACUCCUUCAGAACCAAUCCACUGUAUUGUGUGGGCAAAACAUCUUUUUAAGUAAGUAUUGACUUAAUUAUUAUUCAUUAAAUGUCAAAACAAUGCAAACAGAAUGGUUUUAGUUUUACACUUACUGACUGUAAAAUAUUGUACAACUAGAAUAAAUUAGCUUUCACAUGACCAGUGAUGAGGUAAUUAUUGUAGUUUUUUUUCUUUUGGAGCUAGUUUGGAUGUUACACCAUAUUUACAAUCCCCUCAACUACUCUCAUGCAUUAUGAUCUCUUGAUAAAACCCUACACAGUUAACUUUUAUAGAAAGUAAAGUUUAGAAGGAGAGGUUGGUACAUACAGAAAGUGUGCCACACAUAUUGGUUUACAAGGUGUUGUUUUUAAUCUGCCUGUAGCCAGCUGUUUGGUGAGGCUGAUGCAGAUGAAGAGGUAUCUCCUGACACUGAGGAUCCAGAGGCUGUGGGUACGGCAGGAGAAAGGGCAGUCCAAAAUCAGGAGAAGGAGGGUGGGACUGGAGGCAUUGAGAGAGCAUCAACAAGAACAUGGGCUGAAGACAUUGGAUAUGAUCCUGUUAAGUUGUUUAACAAAGUAGGUCAAGUGAAAUUGCGAUCAUUUUAUGGAAUCUCCCAAUGGCCUGUGAGGUCAGUGUCAAACAGAUUUGCUGAUGGGCUUAUCAAUUGGAAGCUUCAACAUCCCCCCUCAAGACAACAUUUUGGCAACUUCAUUUGGUUUUCCCAACCCUAAGAAACAGAUCAGUAAGCUCAAAAUGAUAUGUUCCUAUAUUGCUUUCUCUUCAGCUGUUUAAUGAGGAUAUCAAGUACCUUUUAUCAAUGGAUAAGUUGUGGAAAAAGAGAAAACCUCCUGUGCCUGUUGACUUUGAAAGCAUCCAAAAAGGUUAGAAGUAAUGAUUCUGUUUCCCUAUUUGUUGUGGGGAAUUGUAGACCUAGAGCUCCACAACUCUAGUACUUAAGUUGAGGCGACUUUUCCUUGUGAAUAUUGAAUCACAUUUUUCAUGAGAGGCAGUUUAGCUGUUUGAGUGAACUGUGCUAUAAUAGGUUCAAGCUGAAAUACCUCGGACUCCAGAUGCCUCAAGCUAGGUCUAGUCCCAAAACCUUUACCUAUGAACUUUCUGUGAGCAUCUUAAACCAUUCAUAUGACAAUAUGAAUGGAGAAGGAUCCAGAUAAUAUGAUAGGGGGUGUUCAAAAUGGACCAACCAUGCCUGCCUCCCCCUGCCCCAUCACUCUCAGUUACACCAAAAACUCAGCCAGUGGAGUAGUAGUUUGUUAUCGCGUUGUUAUUGUUCACACCAAGUAUUUUGGUGUCAGGCUGGUAACAAAGGAAAAACCUUGAGGUACCAUAUUAAAAGAGGUGGGGGGGGGGGUGUGCAGACCUCUGGGACCCUUUACCUGGAUCCACCACUGCUUUUCACUUGUCCUCGCAAGAUUUAGGUAAUGGAACUGCACUCAUCGUAUGGUUUAAAAAUAAUUAACCAUUAAACAAAACAGAAUGAUAACAGCAACAACAAACAUUUACAAUUUUGUAAAUUGAGUUUUUUUAAGAUCCUUAAGAAAAAAGACACUGAAUGCUUUAAAACCAAGUGUGAUUGUUCUGCAGGAUGCGAAAAUGAUGAAAAGAACGCGGAUAAUGGUUUACAAGAUCAAAGAGUAUGGAGUCCUGAUGAGUGUGCAGACAUCUUCAGUCAAAGGUUGGUGUCAUGGAAAAGCAUUUUUUGUUUGAAUGCCAAUAAACUGAUACCAAGUACAUAUUGGCGAUUUACACCAGAGGUAAAUUUCCCAUAAGGAAAAUUAGAUUUGAAAGGAAAUGCAGUCGACAGUGGUUUACUCGAAUCUUCUUCACCAUAGUCUGUAGUUCUCAUUUCCCACAAACGUAAAACUCUAAACGCUUAUUAUAAUUUAGUUUCCCUUUAAUAUACCUUUUCUUAGAUUUUAGUUGGUCCAUUUAGUUUCCCUUUAAUAUACCUUUUUUUAGAUUUUAGUUGGUCCAUUGUGGACAUAUACCUUAAAGGAUAUGAAUUACUGAUGAGAGUGGUCAAUUUAACCCUUUAAUCCCUAAGAGUGAUGAGGUUCUAAUUUCUCUUUACAAUCUAUCUCUUGAAUCAAAUGUUUAAGUCACGAGAAUAAAGGAAAUGAUCAGCAACUAACGAAGCUCUUGAUGAUUUUACAAAUUCUCCUUGUUAGAAUCUUGGAAAUGUAGAGAGAACAGUAUGGAGAAUGUGCAUAAUGAUGUUGGGGUGUAAAGGGUUAACAAAUGCAUCCCAUGCUGCCGUGCGUCGUUUCAGUAGCGAUCACAGAUGACUUCAAAAUGCGAUAAGAACUGUUGUUCUUGCCACAUUUUGACGUGUUCUGUGAUCUUUGAUCACUUUAUAGACCCACGUCGACAUGGCAUUUAUUGGUUUUAAUGUUAAAAAGAGCAAAGUGUAGUGAAUGGAACGUCAUCUAUGGGUCUGUCCUCUGUACCAUAAAAACGUAAAUAAAAAUGCGUACAUUCAUCUUAGCGUAUAAUUUAAGACAGUUUCCUUCCGCUAUACUUAACUUUGUCCUUUCAUCAUGAGAAAACAAUUUCUUAACCACUUUAACUCCGUCAAAGCAUUAAGAUUUAGGCGAUUCAGUCAUUGCUCGCAUAUAUACAGCAUGUCUUUAACUAUUUAUAUAAUAAUUAUCUUUAUCAUUCCAGUGUUGAUACAUUAAAGCAGCAGUUACUGACCAGAGGAGAAGAUCUUGUGUGGGAUAAGGUCGGUGUUUCAUCGGAUUGACUUCACACAAACUAGUGACAGCAGUAAUGUAGAUAACGGAAAGGAACCCGGGAAAAGAUGAGAAGCUAGGAACUUAUUUACCUUGCUGGAAACAACGCACGUUUGUUAAAUUGGCUUUUUCAUCCACAUUUUCAUACCUGGUAAAUUUUACCCACAUCCCCUGAGAUGUUUGACAACGGCCUACCAACAGAAUGCUUAGAGUUUCAAUAAACUUGAGUUACGUAAUAAAGUUACAAUCAAAACAGUGUUCGCUGGUUUACUGACCAGCGGUCCACUUAUGGCUCACUACUAAUUGCAAAGAAUCGGCCAACAGACAGCUUAUAGUUUUCCAACAAAUAUCUACCGGUUCUUUUGGAGUUUUUUCUUGCUUUUUGUCCUUUCUUGAAGUCCAUAAAGUUGCAAUAUUUUUCAUAGUUGAAACAAGUUUUAAGGCUUGAAUUUUUACAUUGCUGUCCACAAUUUUUUUUUUGCAACUGUAUAUUACACAGGAUGAUCCGGCCUCCAUGGACUUUGUCACAAGUGCAGCAAAUAUCAGAGCUCACAUCUUUAGUAUUCCAAUUAAAAGCCGCUUUGACGUGAAAGGUUUGUGAGUUGUAGCAAGUACUGCAGAGUAUGCCGGCUAAACAGCUCGACACUCAACGUGUAGCUGAACACAGAACUCUGUAGACUUAGUAGCACCUUCGAGGGAAAGGGUCGUAUACACUUCGUUGGGUUUGUUGCAUUUAUCCUAUCUUUACAUAAUUCAAACUUUUGCAAUUGGUUUUAUAUUCGCCCAGCGUUUUGUUUUUAUUUUGUUUUAGCUAUGGCGGGCAACAUAAUACCAGCCAUUGCCACAACAAAUGCCAUAGUAUCUGGUCUCAUUGUUAUGCAAGCUCUUAACAUCCUCAAUGGAAAGCUGGACAAAUGCAAAACGGUACGUUUCCACCACGACAACAAUUACAACAACAAAAAUAGCAAAAGGCUUUCAUGGUUUUGAGGCGUUUGAGACAUUUCAGCUUUAUAGACUGGAUUGAAUUCCACUUAUUCCCAGAGAGCUUUGGGAGUCAGUGUCGAAGGUUGUCUUAGAUUGUAGAGCGCUUUUCGAUUAAGCGUGGAAUACCAAAACCAAAGUCAUCGCAACGGCUAAUCAGAACAAAAGAAAAUAUCCUUCGGAGCCAACGAGAACUCAGAGUGAAAAAAUGGCUAACGGUCAAAAAGGUGGGAAAAUACAUUCGUGCUUGGUUAUAGUUUUGCAUCUGAUUGGUCGAGAGAGUGGCGCAAGUUUUCUGGACCAAUCACAGAGCAAAGUAAACAAGAACCAAAGCAAUCUCGGAUACUUUUGACACUCAAUGGAGAUUGCUCAAGCGCGUAGCAAAACAAAACCGCCGCGAUUUAAGGCGCAAACGCUUAGGGGUGGCCGGUGGGGAACCAAACACUAAAAUAAUUACUUCACUUGAUCUCUGGUAACUUUCUUAUUGUCGUUUUACUUGCAGAUUUAUCUUAACCGUCAGCCGAAUCCAAGAAAAAAGUUAUUAGUUCCUUGCAAUCUCGUUCCACCGAAUCCCAAGUGCUACGUUUGUGCCGCUAAACCAGAGGUAAGGUAGAGGUAAAGUGUUCCUCAAAGAAAUUUUAUUGACAGGAUGCGCUGAAAUGGUUCAAAGAGUGUUUUACUCUCAGUCCAUAGAUCUGGUUAACCCAUUGACUCCCAAGAUCUUAUUAGUAAUUCUCCUUACUGUCUGCUAUACAAUUCUUCUGAUGUUACUUCUGAGAAUUUAUAUUGGAUAAACCAAUAAUCCCCUAAUUGAUAGUUUUCUCGGUUCUUAUCACUUGUCCUCGUGGUUUUGUAUGGAUAUCGUAAAGAGAAAUUCUGUCUUGGUCACUCAUAAGAGUUAAAGGGUUGAGAAGGGAAAUUAUUUCAGUUCCUCUACUUAUAGUUUUUUUUUAUUUAAAUUUUCUCAAUGCACACACGAUCAUGUUCGAUAACUACUGCUUUCUCUUUUUGUUAGGUUACUGUCUUCUUAAACACAGAAACUCUUACAAUCAAGACGUUAGAGGAAAAAGUAAGUAAAAACAUUCUUCAAAAAGCCCUCAAACCUUUCUCUGCUACUCUUCUUCUUUGGAGGUCUGUGUUGCUUUUCUCUUAGUUUACUGUUGGGAAAAAAAGGAAACAAAAUGCAAUCAUCUUAUUUAGUCAACCAGAAAGAGUGACUGUGAGGAACUGAAAGAAAUAUUUCAGUGUAAACUGAGAAUGCAAAGGGCUUAAAAUGCCGGGAAACCCAUAGAGGAAUCAACGUUUUGUAUAUGUUCUGUUCCUAAUUGGUCGAGGUUCAGCACGAGAGCUCUGAUUGGUCGAGUAGCGAUGCAAGAGGGCUUGUAUUUCAUUGCAAUACUAAAAGCUUUUUAACUUAUCAGUUUGAAAAAUUGCCUAUGGCAUUAGAACAGAUUUGCCUUUAGCGAUUACUUUACCCUUUGAGCUGUUAGUUAUGAAAAAUAGUUUAAACUCCGUUCAAAAUCGAUUUUGUGCGUUUUUCCUCAGAUACUAAAGGAGAGGUUUGGUAUGGUGGCACCUGAUGUCGAGAUCGACGAUGGAAAAGGUAACUUUUCUAUAUGUUUUUAUUCACUUUUUUUCCUCUUCCAGACUAUCCUUGAUCAAGUGUGACCAGUAUUUCAGCUCGGCUAAUUUUGCCCUCUUUAGUUUCCGUCCUAAAGGAUCAGUGUACCUCCCAUUUUCUUACAAACGAGUUAGGGUAUGAUGCAAUUUCUGAAUUUUGAUUUUUUUACAGGCUAUGGUCUCCUAGCUCGUAUACCACGGAAAUGAGAGAGUUGUAGUAAACAGGACGUGUGACACCAUUUUUUGUCUCAUAUUCAACGCGCACUAACUAUCACCAAAACAUUUUUGAAUAACUACAUUAUACACGCUGGAUUUGACUGAUGUUUUUUUUUUUUCUUUAUGGGGGAAUAUAUGGAAAUCGAUCACAUGCUAUGGCUUGCAUUUAUGAGCGGAAGAAAUUAGAAUAUGUGCAUGUGAUAUGUAUGUUUUUCGUCUAUAUAACAUGUAUAUUUGCAGCCGUCGUUAGCAGUCAUAACGCAGAGUAAUCGAUGUAUUGACUAAUUUUACUUUUUUCAGGCAGCAUAUUAAUAUCCAGUGAGGAGGGUGAAACUGACGGUGAGUUAGACAUUUAGGAUUGCAUGAUUUGUAAUUGUCUUACAUAAUUAUGCAUGCAACUUAGCAACACAACUUGAAAUAAGGAAAGAAGUAUACUAGUCUUGUUUCUUCUUAACUUGAACCAAGCAAAUGGGAAAAGAUUAGUCAUAAAUAGAGGAAACCCAUUGGAAAAUAUUAUAUGUUUAAAGAGAAAUCAUAUUUUUGCAACUUAUGCUGUUUAUUCAGUGUCUAGUAAGCAACUCGUCUGUUCGUGUAGAUGUUUAGACAGAGUAAAUGUGAGCACUAAAUGCGGAAAAGCUGGGACGAUGCCGAGGAAAUCUGAGAGGAUACAAGCACUCCCGCCACACAAUGUGCUUGUCGGGAAAAUCAGACUAGCCUCAGAAGCUUAAUUUUUUUUUCAAUGUUAACUUUAAAUAAUAGCCUUGACAAGUCUGUCUCCUGUUUUCUAGAAAAUUUACCGAAGACGUUAAGGGAAUUCCAUGUAGGCAACAGUGCGAGGUUGAAGGCGGAUGAUUUCCUUCAAAGUUACCAGCUUAUUCUUAACGUUGUACAUAGGUAGGUUGUAAAAAUUUGAAUAUUUAUCAUGUAGGCUGUCUUGAGCAAAAAAAAAAGGAAUCUCAAUCAAUCUUGACGGUGAUGGCGAAGACGUUUGUUGAAAAAUUAAUAGCUUUAUUUUAUCGAAAGAAUUUUGCAAUUAGCUCGAUGUCUUUUCUGUCUUUAGAAUUGUUCUCGGAUCUCCCCAUCAGUGUAAAUUGUGAGGACGUCGUCGAGUUGUCAAUAAAAACGUAUCAAACUAAAUAAUUUGGGUGUUUCGAGUUGAUGUUUUGGAGAACAGAAGCAUAGAACAGCUAGGAAAUGUACAAAUAUUUAAAUGGACGUGCAGUGCUAUAGUUCUGCUCCUUAAAUCUUUUUUUUCUUUCUUGCUCUCACCGCCGGGGUUUGCAUAACGUCGCUAAUAUAUGCUGUGGAGAACUUCGAUACGGCCUUUCCUUACAUAGAAAAUAUGCCAACUCAAGGAACCCGUCCGAUUGCGUGCUGAGCUGCGAGCCACAAGCAUUUUGCGCAGUUUUGUGGCUCUGCUUGUGGCUCUGCACCUAUCUCAUCGGUUGAAUUUUUUUUUUCUGAUUUCUCGCUGCAUCUCUGAGCUCACUUUCCAAACAUGUAUCAAAUAACCGCUGUUCAUUAUAAAUUUCAGAGAUAAUUUAGAAGACGAUGUAGAAUUUGAAGUAGAAGGUGAUUUACCAGCACCCAAACCAGACAGUCCUGAACCGGGUCCUUCGACAGCAUCAGAAGACAGACAGAAUCAACCAGCAGAUGGUAAGUUAAUAUGAUAAAACCCUGUAAUAAGAAAUGACUUCAGUAUCAAUCAUAAGUGCUUCAGAUACCAUUAUCUGAGUAUUAUAGCUCGUGUCGUAAAAUCUUCCACCUCAGUUUGUAUUACUUAAAACUACGCUUAAACGUUGAUGAAAAUGACCGAAGACACCUUAAUGCCAAUUGUUUGUUUAGUCUACCGGUAUUCAUGAAAGAAACACGAAAUAUCUUCGCGAUUUUAGUAACUUGGGCCUUUCCUCACUAGCGACAAAGUUGUUUAUUUAGACAAAUUUUCUGUCAUCACCAACAUUUUACAAGUGCAGAUGGUUUGUCGCUGCUUGACAAAUUUUGGCCGGCGCGGACAAAUCUUCAGACGCACCGCCGACAAAAUUCGUCCUGGGUAAAAAUUUGGCAAAAUCGACGAAAUGAACAAAACCGUGAUAAACUUGCCAAUCAUUUGUUGUACAACAAGCGCGUAAUUAUUCUGAAAUCAGUUUACUAGAAAGGCCAAAAUUGUCUUUUGCUGCAAAACUCGGGGAUUCUAAAAUUUUAAAACGACUUACGAUAAAUCCUAGAAAUUGAAGGUGGAAUCCUCUGGCAACUAUGCUAGCAGGUCUCAUGAGCAGAUCAGGCGCUGACGAAAUUUGACGGCUUUGAAAUUUUUAAUGCGGAUGCGGGCCUUUGAUUUUUCUAGGACAAUUCUAGUUUUUUCUGCUAGUGAGGAAAGGCCCUUAUGCUAAUUUCCAACUCUUAAACUAUGAUUGUCGAUCCACUGCAGGUCUUAAAGUAUUUACUCGUAUCUGUUCAUUAGGUGACAAAGAGGAAGUGAUGGUUGUAGAUGAACCAGUUCCCUCGCGGAAGAGGAAAGCCGAUGAGUCAGAAUUGGAGACUAGAGAGCAGCAAGACUCAAAGAGUUCAAAGCGAGCAAGACUUUCUCACGCACCGGCGGAUGAAAAUGAUGACGACAUCAUUGUUCUUUGAGCCGUAAGGACAACUUCUUCCGAUAUCUUCCGAUAUUUUCCUUCUUCCGAAAAAGUUGUCCUUACGGAAUCAACGGAGUUUACCUCAAGAUAUUUUUAAUCAUCUGUUGCGCCGCGCAUGACCAUCUUCAACUUGAAAGUUGAAGUAUAAAAGUAUAGGAGAAGUUUAAAGUUUGUCGUUAAAGGCAAACGGCAAAGGUUAAACGUAAGAUUUUCAUUUCUGUUACUUUGUACAAUGCAUAUUCAAAAAAGUUAAACAAUAUCUCUUAGCUAGGAACAAAAGUUUUGUUCCGUUUAAGAUUCGCAUUGAUAGAGUUAAAUUUUCAAAUAGACUUGCUUG